AUAAAUAUAAAAGAAAGCUUACGGUUAAAAUGGCCCCCAAAUUCCACGUCCUCGUAAUAGGCGGCGGCAUCGGCGGCUUCGCAUGCGCCGUGGGCCUUGCGCGAAAAGGGCACGCCGUCACCGUUCUCGAACGCAGCGCGUCAUUGCAGACGUGGGGCGGGGGACUGUUGAUUUCGAGUAAUGCGUUGCGGGUUAUUGAGAGCUAUGGGUUGUUGGGGAGGUUCCAGGAGGUGGCGGAGAAGUGGGAGAGGCAUGUGAUUUUUAGAUAUGAUGGGGGCGUGUUGGAUGUUCUGAGUAAUGCGGCGAAUGAGAAGGUUUUUGGUUACGAGAUGUUGAAUGUGCGGCGACAGGUGUAUCAAAGGGUUUUAUACGAAGGAGCUGUGGAGCAGGGAGUGAAAGUGCGAUUUGGCUGUCGUGUUGAGAAGAUCGAUGAUAGUGAGAAGGGACCAAGCGUCAUGUUGAGUACGGGGGAGACACUUUUAGCUGAUUUAAUUGUCGGUGCAGACGGAAUCAAAUCCACAACUCGCCCCUUCAUCCUCGGCGGAAGGGAUGUUAAACUGCAACCAAAUAGCACCUGCUACCAAUGCACCAUUCCUGCCUCCCUGAUGCUCUCGUCGCCUCUCACGGCGCCCCUCAUCAACGAACGAGCUAUCCACAGCUGGUGGGGUCCCAACACGCACUGGAUCUGCGGUCGCAAGUCCAACGGCCAAUCCUACGACGCAGCAUUCUUCAUCCACCCCACUGCAUCCUCGCCUCUCCCAGCAUCCCACGUCUCAGCCUCCAACUCGCACGACCCCGGCAAAGGUAAAGACAACGACAGAAGAGGCGACGUCCGGGAAGUCAUCGACGGCGUGCAAACGCACGGGUACGAAGAGCGCGUCCAAGCCUUCGCGAAAAUGAUCCCACACGAAAACUGCACGCUGUGGAAAGUGGCUCAAUUACCUGAUCUCCCGACCUGGGUUUCUGAAUCCGGGAGGAUUGUGCUGUUAGGUGAUGCGGCGCAUGCGAUGAGUCCGCAUCUGGGACAGGGAGCAGCGAUGACGAUUGAAGACGGCGGCGUGCUGUCCGAAUGCCUCGCUCGCGCUUCCUCCUUGGACGACAUUCCCCGCGCAGUAAAGGUGUAUGAGGAGAUCCAAAAAGGACGCACGGAGAAGGUUAAGAGAGCUGCGGGGGUUAGUGGGGUGUGGAAGACGAUGGCUGACGGGCCGGAGCAGAGGAAGAGGGAUGAGGGGUUUAGGAAGAGGAUGGAGAGCGGGGAGAAGUAUGAGUUUUGGAGGGCGAGUGGGCAUUUGGCGUGGAUUUAUGGGUGGGAUUCUAAGCUGGAGGUGGGGAAGGAGUUGGAUAGAGUGUUUCCUGUGGGGAAGGGGAUAGGCCAGAGAGCAAGGAUCUGAAGAUAGUGGGUGGUGAACUCAAGGUGCUAAACUUUUGCUUUAUAAUGGCUCGCAUUUUAUAUAAGAGAUCGUUCCGGGCGGCCUCUCAGCUUAUCACGUGCCAAACGCUGCGUACAUACGUAUAGCUCAACUCCUCGC